AUGGACUUUAUUGGUUCUUCUUUUAGUUUCUGUUGCCAACAUCGUGUCGACUCAAAGUCCAGUGAUUAUCUCUAUAAUGGUCUCGCAGCAACUAAGCUAAGGGCAGAUUUCACAAAUGGCUACUGCAUCAAAGGUAAAGUACAAAAAACUUUGAAAUCUAUAAUUGCUUCGGCAGUAACAGGAAUUUCUGGUUUAUAUAUGGUGAUGUACACAAGAAUAACCAGAGAUGAAGAAAAGGAAACUGGGAGUUGCAAUUCAGAUCCCUUGUAUAGUGGAGAGAAGUACAUUUCCGAUGCUAUUGAAGGUAGCGUCCUGAUCAAAGUUUACAGAAAUCCAGAUUGGGUAAUUUUGUGGAGUGUUUGUAGGGGAAAGCUUGGGGCUGCCAUGGGCUAUGUUGUAGAAUUUUCAGCGCGAGCAUCUAUUGAGGAGCUUGGGAACCUUUGUUCGGCUUACUAG